AACCUCUCUCAGCGGUCUCUCUCUCAAAAUCUCACACUAGCUACAUAUUUAUUUGGGGAGUUUUAAAAAAAUAAUCUGUCCGGAAUCAAGAUCGACCAAUGAUGGCUGCCGCGCACCUCUGUAAUCAGGUUUUAGCGCCGCAAACGCAGCUGCCAUCCCUCCAUUUAUUUCCUCUCCGCCCCCCAAAAUGUGAUUUUAGAUCUCUCACUCCUCUAAAUUCCACAAAAAGGAGGUUUCACAUUGCUUCAUCCAGUAAUGUCGGCGCUGCUCCCCUCUGGGAGAAUUGGGCUCCCGAAAACACCUCCAAACCUCCUUCCCUCAGUGACAUCAUUUGGCCUUCUGCUGGGGCUUUUGCUGCAAUGGCGUUGUUGGGUAAGAUUGAUCAGAUUUUGGCACCAAAAGGGGUUUCCAUUACAAUUGCGCCGCUCGGAGCCGUCUGCGCCGUUCUUUUCGCUACGCCAGCUUCUCCCGGAGCUAGGAAGUACAAUAUGUUUGUGGCGCAGAUCGGGUGUGCAGCAAUAGGGGCCUUGGCCUUUUCCAUAUUAGGCCCGGGCUGGCUAGCUAGGAGCACCGCCCUUGCUGCUGCCAUGGCCUUCAUGAUCUUCACCCGCUCCGUCCAUCCCCCAGCUGCAAGCCUGCCAUUGCUCUUCAUCGAUGGAGCUAAGCUGCACCAUUUGAAUUUUUGGUACGCCUUGUUCCCUGGCGCUGCUGGAUGCAUUGUCCUAUGUUUGAUCCAAGAGAUGGUGUGUUACUUGAAAGACAACUUGAAAUUUUGAGUCGAUUUUGCUCUCUCUCUCUCUACUAUUGCAAGUUCUGGGAAUUAUUUGUGUUGGUUGUUCCCAUACGAAAGAGGCGCAGAAGAAGAUGAUGUGCCUUCCACCGAUCAAACCAUGUGGAAAAUGUACCAUAAGAUGAAGUUUGUGUGAUUGAUCUCUCUAGAUGUAAAUACUGUCAUAAUUCCAAAACCUAUUUUUUUUCCUUAUCGCAAAUGCGAUCAAGUGUAUAACAAAAGUGUAUUUGGGGGGGUUGGUUAUGGCGGGAAAUAAAUUCAAAAGUUGUAUUGAAUCUACAUAUUGGGGAAGGAAGUGUUGUUUUGCUCUUAAA